UCCAUGGAUCUUUGCACCACUGUUAAAGGUGUUUCGUUCCUCCUGCAGUCAGGGCUGGGAAUUCUGGGUAAUGUGUCUGUUCUGAUGGCAUACGCUCAUAUCGCUUAUGUAGAGUCACACCUGCAGCCCGUGGACAGAAUCCUGGCUCAUCUGGCUUUCAGUAACCUGCUGCAACUGCUGACACGUGGCGUGCCACAAACAAUGUUUAUUUUCGGCCUGCACAACCUGCUGGACAAUUCAGGCUGCAAAAUGGUGAUCUAUGCCUAUCGCCUUGGUCGUGCCCUCUCUAUCUGCCUCACCUGCAUGCUGAGCUUCUUCCAAGCACUGACCAUCGCACCAUCAGUUGGGUCGCACCUGACCAAACUGAAAUCCCGUCUUUCACAGUUGGUCAUGCCCGCUUUCUUAGGUCUGUGGAUCCUCAAUAUGAUGGUUUGCCUUGCUGCUCCACUCUUCUCCAUAGCACCUAGGAAUAGCACCGUGCCUCCCUUCACCCUCAACCUUGGCUUCUGUCUUGUCAACUUCGGUGACAACCUGUCAUACGUGGUGAAUGGCGCAGCCCAAUCGACAAGAGACUUUGCCUUCGUGGCCGUCAUGCUGGCCUCCAGCGGCUACAUCCUGGUCCUCCUGCACAAACACAGCAAGCAGGUCAGGUCCAUCCGACGCGCUCAGCAAGGAACCUCCAUGGAAAUGCGGGCAGCUAAGACUGUUGUCAUGCUGGUGGUGCUGUACACCAUGUUCUUUGGCAUCGAUAAUGUGAUCUGGAUCUACAUGCUGACCGUGGCGCAGGGCCCAGCUGUGGUGGCGGACUUGAGGGUGUUUUUUACAUCGUGCUAUGCCACAUUUAGUCCUUUUCUCAUGAUAAGCACUAAUAAGAAGAUAAAGGAGAGGAUGGUGUGUGCGGCUGGAGAACAGGCAGCUGAGGACUCCACAGAGAAACCAAACACUAAAUGA